AUGGCUGUACGGAAAGGGAAGCAGAUUGCCGCCGCACUGGAAGCCCUCAUUCACGCGAUGGGGUUUAACGGUUGCCGCCAACGGCAGCCAAAGCGCAGGCAGCAGAACAGCAAGAUCCUGCAGUGCUACAAUUGUCAGCAGCUGGGGCAUACUGCGCGCGAGUGCAAGAACGCCGUCGCGUGCUUGAAGUGCGCGGCGGCUCACGACACCCGCAGUUGCACGAAGCCUCGUGGGGUGGCCAGCAGCUGCGCGGACUGCGGCGGGCCUCACGCCGCCAACUCGCGUAGCUGCGGCUACCUCAGGGAGUCACACCGUCUAGCCGCCGCACCACGCCCUGCGGCGGCGUCAAGCGCCACGACGACCGCCCCGCCCCCCCGCUCCGGCGAGGGGUGCGAGCCGCGCCGCCUUGAAGCCGCCUCCGACCAAGCUAUGGCCGGCUUCCAAGCUGCCUUUGCGGCCGAAAGGGCCGCACUGAAGGAGGAGCUCGCAGCUGUGCAUCGCCAGCUCCAGCAGCUGCGCGAUGAACUGCGAGCUAUCAAGAAACAACCGCCGGUUCCCGCCGCGCCCCCCCUCCCCCCCCCCCCCCCUGCGAGUCGACCGGUGGGGGUCGAUGCGGCCACGCAGUCGACCGACGCCCCGUCCCCCGCAGCAGUGCGGGAGGCGGCGCCAAUGGAUACUGACGACGUGUCGCCUGGGCAGCCCCCCAAGGAGGCAGCUGCACGCAAGUGUGCUACCGCGCCUCCGGACUGCUCGCAAGUUGAGCAACCAAAGAAGAAGAGGAAGCUGUGGCUACCAUUCCCAAAAGUGGACAACGUGCAGGAGCUCCUCAAGUGCAUUGCCUCGACACUGCCAAAUGGGUCAUUCCCCUACUCAGAUCUCCCAUACCCCUUCACCCUAUCCGGCCAGCCUAAGCCUCCCCUCCCCCAUCAACCGUUCGACCUACGCACAUAG